GUAAUUCCGGCCGGGGCGUGUCUUCUCCCGGAAAUAGCCUAAGCCCCAGCUCCUCGCGGAGCGAACCGGCCUGCGAAUUUCAGCAUGACUGUUCUGGUGAGGUUAGGUGUGGGGCCGCUGAGUGCCGUGGCGCGUGCAGCCAUUCCUUCUAUUUGGAGAGGGAAAUACUUCAGCUCCGGGAAUGAACCUGCAGAAAACAACCCGGUGACGCCGAUGCUGCGGCAUCUUAUGUACAAAAUAAAGUCUACUGGUCCCAUCACUGUGGCCGAGUACAUGAAGGAGGUGUUGACUAAUCCAGCCAAGGGUUACUAUGUGUACCGUGACAUGCUAGGCGAACAAGGAGAUUUCAUUACUUCACCUGAAAUAAGUCAGAUCUUUGGGGAGCUACUAGGGAUAUGGUUCAUUAGUGAAUGGAUGGCCACUGGAAAAAGCACAGCUUUCCAGCUGGUGGAACUGGGCCCAGGGAGGGGAACCCUCGUGGGAGAUAUUUUGAGGGUGUUCACUCAACUUGGAUCUGUGCUGAAAAACUGUGACAUUUCAGUACAUCUGGUAGAGGUAAGCCAAAAAUUAAGUGAGAUUCAAGCAUUGACACUGACUGAAGAGAAGGUCCCGUUAGAGCGAAAUGCUGGAUCCCCAGUGUAUAUGAAAGGUGUCACUAAGUCUGGAAUUCCAAUUUCCUGGUACCGACAUCUGCACGAUGUUCCAAAAGGAUACAGCUUUUAUCUUGCCCAUGAAUUUUUUGAUGUUCUUCCUGUGCAUAAAUUUCAGAAAACAGCACAGGGAUGGCGAGAAGUAUUCAUUGACAUCGAUCCACAGGUUUCUGAUAAACUGAGGUUUGUUUUGGCACCUUCUGCCACCCCAGCAGAAGCCUUCAUACAACAUGAUGAAACAAGGGAUCAUGUUGAAGUGUGUCCUGAUGCUGGUGUUAUCAUUGAGGAACUUUCUCAACGCAUUGCAUUAACUGGAGGUGCUGCACUGGUUGCUGAUUAUGGUCAUGAUGGAACAAAGACAGAUACCUUCAGAGGGUUUUGUGGCCACAAGCUUCAUGAUGUCUUAAUUGCCCCAGGAACAGCAGAUCUAACAGCUGAUGUGGACUUCAGUUAUUUACGAAGAAUGGCACAGGGAAAAGUAGCCUCUCUGGGCCCAAUAAAACAACACACAUUUUUAAAAAAUAUGGGUAUUGAUGUCCGGCUGAAGGUUCUUUUAGAUAAAUCAAAUGAGCCAUCAGUGAGGCAGCAGUUACUUCAAGGAUAUGAUAUGUUAAUGAAUCCAAAGAAGAUGGGAGAGAGAUUUAACUUUUUUGCCUUGCUACCUCAUGAGAGACUUCAAGGUGGAAGACAUCAGAGGAAUGCACGUCAGUCAAAACCCUUUGCAUCCCUUGUAGCUGGGUUUAGUGAACUUGCUUGGCAGUGAUAUUUCAGCUUGGACAUUUUCCCCUUCAGUCGGCCCAAGAAAUCAAAAUAAAGGAAACACAUUUCAUACACUGCAGGUAA